AUGGCUAACACACACAAUGUGACUGAAUUCGUUUUUCUGGGACUUUCUACCAAUCCGGAGGUGCAGAGAGUUUGCUUUGUGAUAUUUUUGUUCUUGUACAUAGCGAUUGUAUUCGGGAAUUGCCUCAUUGUGCUCACUGUCAUGACCAGCAGAAGUCUUGCUUCCCCCAUGUACUUCUUCCUCAGUUACCUGUCCUUUGUGGAGAUCUGCCACUCUUCUACCACAGCCCCCAAGCUUAUCUCAGACUUGCUGGCUGAAAGGAAAGCCAUAUACCUGUGGGGCUGCAUAACACAGGUUUUCUUCAUCCACUUCUUUGGUGGCACUGAGAUUUUCCUGCUCACUGUGAUGGCCUAUGACCGCUAUGUGGCCAUCUGCAAGCCCCUCAAUUACACCACCAUCAUGAACCAGCAAGUGUGUGCUGUCUUGGUAGGAAUAGCAUGGGUGGUGGGCUUUGUGCAUUCCUUUGCCCAAGUCCUUCUCAUCUUCCACUUGCCCUUUUGUGGCCCCAAUGUGAUUGACCACUUCUUCUGUGACCUGCUUCCUCUGCUCAAGCUUGCCUGCUCUGACACCUUUCUCAUUGGUCUGUUGAUGGUUGCCAAUGGGGGGACCCUGUCUGUGAUCAGCUUUGUGGUUGUCUUAGCCUCCUAUGUGGUUAUCUUGCUCCAUCUGAGGACUCGAAGCUCUGAGGGGCGGCGAAAGGCCCUCUCCACCUGUGGGUCCCAUAUUUCUGUGGUAAUCUUGUUCUUUGGGCCCCUUAUCUUUAUCUAUAUGAGGCCCUCUACCACUCUGUCUGUGGACAAGAUGGUGGCUGUGUUCUACACAGUGAUCACUCCUCUCCUCAACCCUGUAAUCUACUCCCUGAGAAAUGCUGAAGUGAAGAAGGCCAUGAAGAGGCUGUGGAGCAAAACAAUGAAAGAGGAAGAGAGAUAGAGACUGAGUAUUGGCUCCUUGUGUUCAGGAUGAUGCUGAGUCCAAAUGGAAACUUGGGAAGGGCAGAAUUGGUUGAAAGAAAUAAGUGUACAGCACUUGUUAUUUCUAGGGUUAUUCUAUCUUUUGUCCAUCUUUAAAAAACUUCAAUUUAAUUGCUUAUAAAAUAUAUUCACUUAUGAAUGCACUGUACCUUAACUAGUCAUUUUUCUGUUGUUAUAUGUUUAGGUAGUUUCUAAUUUUUUACUACUAUAAAUAACACUGUCAUAAAUAUUCUUGAAUAAAAAAGCUUUAACCUCAGGUGGAGAAGGGGAGAGUGUUGAUGCAACAUGAGGUUGGCAACCAGUGUCGCAAAAAAAAUUGUGUAUUAAGUGUUUAAGGAGAAACUAAGUUGCUUUGUAAACUUUCACCUAAAUCACAAAAAAAGACAGAAAGACCUGAUGAUCUAGUUCUGGAGAAUCACAGCCAUUGAAAACCCUAUGGAGUCAGUUUUACUCUGAAACACAUGGGUUGCCGUGAGUCAGAAUCUCUUCGAUUGGCAGUUAGUUUAGUUUUCCUUUUUU